UCUUCACAGGGGAAGAAGGAAUUGCUUUUCUGUCCUAAAUCAGAGGACAGAGAACAAACCAGCAAGAAGAGAAGCAACCAGAACACUCUUAUGCAAAUGGAUAACCAGGUCGCUCCUAGGAAAGUUCCAAAUUUUUGUUCCAUUCGUUAUAUAAUUGCUAUCUUACUGCUCCUCUGCAAUGUUAUAACAAUGUCACAGCGUGUGUGUAUGAGCCUCACAAUGAUAGCCAUGGUGAACAGCACGGAGCCACAUGGUUUGUCCAACACCUCCACAAAGCAGCUCCAGGAUAACAUAAAGAACCCUGUGUAUAACUGGAGCACUGAAAUCCAGGGGAUCAUGUUAAGUUCCAUUUUCUAUGGUGUACUCACCAGCCAGGUUCCUGCUGGAUAUUUAUCUGGAAUAUACUCCUUAAAGAAAUUGGUUGGCUCUUCAUUAUUCUUCAGUUCUCUAUUUACUUUGCUCAUUCCACCCGCAGCUGAAUUUGGAGAAGUGUUGGUCAUCUUAUGCCGAGUAAUCCAGGGGCUGUUCCAGGGGAUAACAUUAACAUCUCAGCAAGUAGUAUGGAUCAAGUGGGCUCCUCCCUUGGAACAUGUGCGGCUUAACUCUCUGAGUUUAUCAGGACUUCUGCUAGGACCCUGUAUUGUCCUGCUUAUAACUGGAUUCAUCUGUGACUUCCUGGGAUGGCCCAUGGUCUUUUAUAUUUUUGGUGCUGUUGGCUGUGCCUUAAGUCUUCUUUGGUUCAUUCUGUUUUAUGAGGACCCAAAGGACCACCCAUGUAUAAGCAUCAGUGAGAAGGAAUACAUCAUGUCCACCCUCAUCCAGCAGGUCAGCUCACGUACACCAUCUCUGCCUAUCAAGGCUAUGCUUAAGUGUCUUCCACUCUGGGUCAUUUCCCUCAGUAACUUUGCCUUUUUCUGGACAAAUAGCCUCCUGAGUCUGUAUAUACCAAUGUUGAUCGACUCCAUGUUUCAUGUUGGUGUAAAAGAGAAUGGGCUGCUGUCUUCUCUCCCCCAUUUGUUUGCCUGGAUUUUUGCUGUCCUAGCAGGUCAUAUGGCAGACGUCCUCCUGUCCAGGAAUAUUCUCAGCUUACUCGCCAUCCGGAAACUCUGCACCUUGCUAGGAUUUCUCCUGCCUGCCCUCUUCAGCCUGUGCCUGCUUUACCUGAAUUACAGCUUCUAUGGCACUAUGAUUUUCCUGAUACUUACUAAUGCAACAGGAAGCUUUAAUAUGGGUGGAAUAUUAAUAAAUAUCUUGGAUAUCGCUCCCAGAUAUUAUGGAUUUCUUAGAGGAUUUACAAAUGUAAUUGGACUAACAGGAGGACUAGUUGCUUCCACUGUGACUGGAAUGAUCCUUAGUCAGGAUGAAGAAUCUCCCUGGUUUAAAAUCUUCUUCCUGAUGAUAGCCAUUAAUGUGAUAAGCCUAAUCUUCUACCUUAUAUUUGCUAAAGCAGAAGUUCAAGACUGGGCUAAAGAAAGACAAACCACAUAUCUCUGAAGCCUGAUCUUUCAGCCUUGUUUUUAGGUAUAAAAGACCUCUCACUGGAUAAGACAUUGGCUUCCCUGAGACCAAGGUAUCUCCCAUGUAAUUUGGUGGUUUACUAUCUGAAGAUGAAGUGUGUCCUGUUGACUGUGAAUGGUCCAUGGAUGGUCCCUGGGAGCUACACUUGGAAGUCUCAGUCAUCUCUGAUAUUUACCUGUAUCAGAGGUGAAUGUUUCUCCGCUGUCCUGCUUCCUCUACCUUUAUUAAAGCCUUACAUGAUCAUACCCUCUGAAGUUUACGAGUCCUUUCAGUGAUCCAGCCCUGUGUAACUGCUGCAUUCCCCAACAGAAAGAGAUUGGUGUGAGUCUCCCGCAGUUGAACGGUGAGUGUGGCCACUGACGACUCCUGUUUUCAUCUGAAAAAACUAACUUCAUAGUGGUUGGCUAGCUUGGGGCCCUUCCAGGAAUUAUUCUGAUGUAGGGCUCGUGCUGAAAUUUCCUGUGACCUGUUGCAUGUGUCACAUUUUACCCAUGUGUCAGAGCAGGUUUAGGGAUG